AUGUAUUCAGGCAGGAUAAACUCCGGCCCCCGCAGCGCUUACUCUGGAGGCUACAGCCAGUCUAUCAAGAGACAGCUGGAGAAUGUCACACUUCCGGAUAAGAUCAAGUGCGGUACUUGCAAGAAGUUUCGAAGCAGGACCGGCUUUUCGAACCGUCAGUUGGACGCCUUACGCAACGCGAUAGUGGUUCAGGGAGCUCGUGCCACUACCAGUGGAGUUGCAAGAUGCCGGGACUGCACUGGCGGAAGUCUUUCGGAGAUGAAGUGCUCCCUGUGUGACCAGAUCAAGAGCAUGGAGGACUUUGCUAAGAACCAGCGCCAGGAGCGUGACGAUGCGAGAUGCCUGAACUGUGUCCAGAAGCACGCUGAGGCGGAUCCUCUCGGCGGCGAGGAUUCGAAGCUCAUUGCUAAAGGCGAAAAAGCUGCCAACUCUGCUACUGCUAGUCAGACAGGCUCCAAUCCUCUGGAUGAAGCCAACCUCCUCAACGCAGACGAUGCCCCUUCUGUCUCCAGCCACGAUGAUGACGAUGAUGAUGAUGACGACGACGACGACCUACAGUCUAUCGGGGGUGGUGUCUGGGUGGAGGGCGAACGUCAGGAAAACCAAGCCAGCAAGGGCAAACCGCGCACCUUUAACGCGUUUCACCCCGAGCAUGGAACGGCUCGCCAACGAACCGUCCACGUGGAGGUCGCGGAGUCUGAGGACACAGGUUCGGUCCACAGUGGAUGGGGAGCCUGGGGAGUGAAGAGCAUACCCUCGCGCAAGAAUACCAGCUUUGCCCUCAGUGUACCGAAGAAGGAGCCUCGAUUCGCCAAAAUCAAGGGCGCCCGCUACGAGAAGAACGAGGCCCCGAACAUGAGCGUCCCUGAGCCCAUCGGUCAGGCUCUUGAUUGUGAGGAGGAGGAUAAUGUCAACGAGCUCGACGAGUAUCUUUGA